AUGCUGGGGACACGUUGGGGACACGUUGGGGACAGGUUCGUGCAGUACAAGGCGACGUCGCUGGAGAAGCAGCACAAACACGACCUGCUCACGGAGCCCGACCUGGGUGUCACCAUCGACCUCAUCAACCCGGACACCUACCGCGUGGAGCCGGGGGUGCUCCUGGACCCGGCGGACGAGAAGCUGCUGGAGGAGGAAAUCCAGGCGCCCACGAGCUCCAAAAGGGCACAGCAACACGCCAAGGUGGUGCCCUGGAUGCGCAAGACCGAGUACAUCUCGACCGAGUUCAACCGCUACGGCGUGUCCAACGAGAAGCCCGAGGUCAAGAUCGGGGUGUCGGUGAAGCAGCAGUUCACCGAGGAGGAGAUCUACAAGGACCGCGACAGCCAGAUCGCCGCCAUCGAGAAGACCUUCGAGGACGCCCAGAAGGCCAUCACGCAGCACUACAGCAAGCCCCGUGUCACCCCCGUGGAGGUGAUGCCCGUGUUCCCCGACUUCAAGAUGUGGAUCAACCCGUGCGCCCAAGUCAUCUUCGACUCGGACCCGGCGCCCAAGGACACGAGCGGCCCCGCGGCGCUGGAGAUGAUGUCGCAGGCCAUGAUCAG